CCGAAGUCCGUUUAUUUGCCCUCUAGUUACUCACCGUUGUAAGGGGGUGUUGCUAUUGUCUGAUGCCAUAAAAGGGAACUACCUACAUGUACUGUUGAUGAUGUGAAUGUUUCCCAUGUACUCACUAAGCAGACAAUACAGCAGUGCAUUUGCUUUGGUUUUCCCCUGAAAACCAAAAGAGGACAAACAGGUCUGUCUGUGUUUUUAUUGCAACAUGCUCUCUGCCAGAACAUGUGUGGCUGACUGCAUGACAUCACUCGUGAAGUAACUUCAAACAUUUGAUCAGGGAUUGACUAUAGUUAUGCUGGUAUGAGCUCCCACAGACGGUGUGUCAUUCAAGAACUUUACUUGACACUUGACGGCCUGAGUGCGAGGAGACGUGGUCAGCAGUCGUGAUUUUUCUUUUUUUUAUUGUGGUGGAAGCGGGGGUUUUCACCUUGGACGUGGGUCGUAAUCAACAGGCUGCAUCGUUCAGGAAGUUAUCUAGCCAUUAUACAGUACGUGGUGUGCUGACUGGUCGGAGAGAGAGAGAGAGAGAGAGAGAUAGACAGCAGAGAGGAAGUGGAAAAGAGGAGGAGAGGGAGGCUGACACUGUUUUUGUUUUCCAGUGACGUAUAUGGUAUAGCUUCACGAGUUUGAGCAUGGACCUUGGUUUGAGUAUAGCUGUUUCCUGCAUGUGAUUGGAUUCCGCGUAAUUAAACCAUUCUCUUGCUAGAUCCCUGUCGGCUCUCAUUCCCGUCGACUCCCCCCGGAGGGAACAGCAUGGCCUUGUGAACAUUUCGCAGCCAAAGUCAAGCACAUUUUCAUUGGGGAGGAUAUAGGCACCAUUGGAAUAUAUAUACCGGUAGACAGGCGUUGCAUUUGGAUCAAUUGAACGCCCUGUUGGGAUAUAUACCGGUAAUAUGAACUGAUUUGCUGGUGGGGUUUUGCUGCAUAUUGAAUUAACCACUAUGUCACAGACUUCAGAGAGCACUUACAACGAGUAUGAUGACAGCGCUAUUACGGACAUGAGUGAGGAGGGGACGUCAUCACCCAGCCCCCUCAUCAAUCUCGAGAUGGACGAGGGCGUGGAAUCCCUGAUGGCCAUGGACUUCAUUUCAAGUUCCCAAAGCCACCCUGGCAUGACCUUCUCUGUUCCUGUCAUCAACGGUUCCGAGGAGAACUUUGAGGACUUUGGUGAGAACGACGCAGGCAUCGAGGUGGAGGUCCAGGACGCCAGUAGCCUCUCGGAUUCCGGAGAGACAGCCAUCACAGACAGGCAGACACCUACAAAUAUACUCAACGGCCUGUCUCCCUACGAAAGUCGGAAGCCGUACAUGUCCAAGAAAGAUGUGUGGUCACACAUCCAUCAUAAUCAUCAUCAUAAAUGCCCUGGAAAAAGAUUGACGUCCAGCGACAUUGCAAGUCAGUUGUACAGGUCUUCGUCAUCAAACAAUCUUCAAAGAGGAGCCGUAGAUGAGGUUUAUGGGGAGUAUGCUGCCUCAGAUGGUGAUGUGUUAGAGCUUAACGACAAGGUUCGUGAUUUAGAAUCACAGAUCAGCCAUCUAGAGGUUGAUAAGUAUACGAUAGAAGACACGAAAGAUCAGUUGAGAAAUGAGAAUCAACAACUUCAUAAACAAAAUGUUCACCUUGAAGACCAGCUGCGAGAGAUGGAGAGAAGACAAACAGAGUAUCUCGAGAAAGAAGAUAAAAGGUCUCAGGAGAAAUUGGCAAAGCAACACAAACAUCUACAUGAGGAGAUAGAAGCAUUGCAAAACAAAGUAACAGUACUAUUACAAGAAAAUGAAGCUUUCUCAGAAGAAGUGCCUAAUCUUAAAAGUCAAAUCGAAACGUUACAGCAGGACCGGGAUAAAUUAGAAAAGGAUCUGCAGGAUGUGGAUAACAACUGGUUAGCGCUGUCAACUGACUACCAGAGGAAAGAGGAGGAACAUGGAUUAGAGAAAGAGGAGCUGGAAGAGGAAAUUCAUUCCAAUGCAACAAUAAUGGAUGAGAUGGCCAAGGAGCUAGAACAGUUGAAGAGUGAGGGUCAGUCUGAGAUAGCCAGGCAUGCUACUCUGAUGCGCAGCCCCAGUAUACAAGACCUUCCCAGCAGGUUUAGCGAGCUCCAGAUGGAGGUCCAUCAACUGAGAAAGGAGAACAAGCAGUUAAAGGAUUCCAACGAUGAGAUGAGUGCACAGAUCUUAAACAACGGUAUCCAGAUUGGAAGGAGUUUGCUUCAUAGAGGCACCUCCAAAUCAGAAUCAUUCGCUGCUGAACUAGAGAAGUCUUCAAAGGAUGAGAUCAUGAGUGCUCUGAAAGACGAAGAGCAGAUGAAUCGUGACCUUAGGGGUUACAUCGGCCAGAUCCUGACCAAGAUCAUUGAGAACCAUCCCAACCUGUUAGAAAUCAAGCCACGCACUCAGAGUGUCAGCUCCGUCUGUAGCUUCAACUCCUACUCGUGACACCAACCUUGAACUCUGAACUUUGAACUAUGAACUAUGAAGUGGGAACUAUGGAGUUGUGAUGUUUCAGGACUCGAUCAUCAUUCUAUGAAGGUGUAUUUUUCCACGUUUUCUCAUGGUGUUUGACUGUUUUUGCAUCGGAGAUAAACUGUGACCAGGUUUCCUUCUCGUGGACCAUAAGGGGUGCUUUCUCAACGCA